GGCAUCAAUAAACAAAGAUGGCGGUGGCGUUUAAAGCUUCACAGUUAAUCUGCCUUUUGGAAGUUUAGAAUGAUUAUUUUAAGUCAUUACGCAGAAUAUUUCAUGCAUUCAUAGUUCCUCCUGUGUUAUUUUAGGUAUUUUAGGUGUGAAGCUGUAAAAUGAGUGGCUGGGCCGGUUUUUCUGACGAGGACUUACGGAAGAUGCAGCAGAAAGAGUCAGCGCUGGCCGCAGCGGCUGCCCGCGGGCGGAAACCGGCUCCAGCCAACCGGAGUCGACAGCAGUUACAGCGGGAGAGGGCCCUUCAGGUGGCCGUUCAGAAAAACACUGAAACCGCUUCUCAUUGCCUUCCACCGGAGCAACAGCUCACCAAACCACCGCCGAAGACAGAGCCUGAGCCUCCGCUCACAGCCUCUGCAACAGGAGGUCCGGCUGUCAAACAGGAUGUGCAGCACAAACCCAGCGAGAUGAAACCGGCUCAGCAGGAGGAGACCCCCGUCGUCAAAGAGCUGGAGAAACAAGAGGUGGCACUACGGGAAAAGACGCGUCUGGAGCAACUGCAGCAUGAGCAGAAGCUAAUCGAGGAGAGGAAUAAACGCAAGAAGGCUCUGCUGACAAAAACUAUUGCUGAGAAGUCCAAACAGACUCAGGCAGAGGCUGUGAAGCUGAAGAGGAUCCAGAAGGAGCUCCAGGCCCUCGAUGACAUGGUGUCCAAUGAUAUCGGCAUCCUGAGAAGCAGGAUAGAACAGGCCAGCUGGGAGUACUCCAGUGCAAGAAAGCGUUAUGAGAAGGCGGAGGUGGAGUACGUGACGGCCAAGCUGGACCUGCACAAGAAGUCGGAGGUGAAGGAGCAGCUGACGGAGCACCUCUGCGCCAUCAUCCAGCAGAACGAGCUGCGUAAAGCUGACAAGCUGGAGGAGCUGAUGCAGCAGCUGCAUCUUCAGGCCACUGAGGAAGAGCUGGAGAGGCAGAAGGAGGAGGAUGAGCAGAAAGCAAGGUGUGUGGAGACGCAGAGAAAAGAGAAACAGGAAAACGGUUCGGUGGAGAAUCGGGAGGGAACGGUGCAAUCCACCAAAGACUGUGCACCCGCAGAGAAGGAGACUGUGAAGGAGGAGAAGGGAGGCGACCUCCAGCAGGAGCACCACCCGAUGACUGAACCACCAAAGACCGAACAAGACUGUAAAAAACUAGAAAACUGUUUUCAGAGUGAAAUUGUCGCGUCCUGAUGCUCAGAAAAGAUGCUUGUCAUAGGUCAGCUGUAAAAUAUGGACCUUAUCACGCAUGGUGCACUGUAGGGAUUCAGAUCAAACACUAACGUUUGCACUAACACCGUCCCCGAGAAGAAGUGAUGCUCGCUGUAACAUCCAGGGCUGCGUAUGGAACCGCUCUCCUCUUACACUACUAAAUGUUUGAGUGGAGUCACUGGCAGCAGUUUGUCAGUGUUGACGGCCCCGAAGGUUUUAAAGGUGGUGGGAGAGGGAGACGGGUUGUAUCCGGAUUCUUCUGAUCAGAUAGUUCCAGAUUCAGAGCUGCAACGAUUGGUCGUCUUAUUAAUUCAUUGAUUGAUUGACUGAUUGAUUUACCGUUAAAGUCACUUUUCAUGCACAAUUGGGGAAAAAAUGCUGUUUCCAAACUUUCAAAUAUGGAUAUUUUCUUGUUUUUCUGUUUUAUAAUAUAUUAAAGUGAAUACCUUUUUGGUUAAAGACCAACUUGAACUUUGAGAAACUGAGAUGGACAUCUUUUUACUUUGUGACAUUUUAUAGACCAAACCAUUAAUCAAGAAAAUAAGUUGUAGCCCAUAGACUCUUUUUAUUUAGGCCAACUUCUUUAUAUAGACAAUGUUUAACAUUUGAGAACUUCUUUUUGUGAAACGAAAAAAGCCUAGAACAAACGAGCCCCAGCUCUCUGCGUGUGUACCGGCAGGAUCAGACAGAAUCAUAUUCAGCUGCAGAGUAAAUCCGAGUAUCUUGCAGCCAUUAUCCUCAUUCGGUCACUUUUUAUGUGUGUGCUUCCAAAAAAAAAAAAAAAAAGAGCUCAUCUUCCAAACAUGUGGUUUUACAUCACAUGUGAAUUAUCUCUCUGAGCAAA